AUGCCGACCAGCGACGUUGAAAUGUUGUUCGACUCGUUCAAGACCUUCAAGGUGACGAAAAGCCACCUUGUCUCCUGCGGCUUGUGUGGCCACGCAGCUCCGCACGCCAUGCGGGUCCGCCUGUUGGCCUGCAGCUGCCCGACGUGCGAAGCUGUGGUGACUCCCGCUCCUUGUGCAUGGCGUGGCAAGACACUUGCCUGCCAGCACCUGAACCUCAUGCGCGUAGAGGAGAUAGGGGUCCACGUCUCGCCGGCGCCGUCUACUAUACACCCUCGCCUCACUGCCCCGAUGAAGGAAGUAGCGCGGGAGUGGGCAGCGCAAGGGCUGAAACCCUCCCGUAUUCGCAGUGGAUUCCUGAGACGUUUUAAUCUCGAUGAACAAUCGCUACCGGCGCUGUCAGUUGUGCAGAAAUUCGUGCACAACUAUGCGACUAACCAUCUACGCAACAACGACCUAAUGGGCACAGUGAGAGCCAAGAUACAGGAGGCCGCGUUCACCGGAACCGCAAGCGAGAGUGAUCCCUUCACAUUUGUUUGGGAAAAUGACGCUUCUGGUCGGCCAAUAGUAGGCAACGGAAGCGAUGAUACGCCUUUUGUUGUUGGCGUAACUACAAAACGAUUGCUGCAGCGUCUCGACAGGGACCCAAUGUCCUUCGUCUUCCACGUCGACGCGACCUACAAGUUGUGUCAUGUUUCAUAUCCAGUUUUGGUGAUUGGCAUAUCAGCACCUUUCACCUGGUUGCCAUUGUGA